AUGCGUGCGAGCGAGAGGGAGAUGCAGCCGUUCCUCCGGACCCCCAGCAAAGACGCUUCGUUGCAGAUGUCCGACUGUGGCGUGGAGGACUCGGAAGGUGCCAUCGCGUUGAACAAGGUCCAUUCGGAUCGGCUCUUGCCCUUCAAGGCCCAUCAGCCUUACCCGCACUCCAAGUCAGACCGCACGGCAUCCUCCGAGUCCGGCUGCCACCAGGGAAGCCCCGUGGCCGGAGGCGGGCCGGAGCAAUCCUCCGUCCGGCGAUACCGCACCGCCUUCACGCGGGACCAGAUCGCGCGGCUGGAGAAGGAAUUCCUCAAGGAGAAUUACGUCUCGAGACCGAAGAGGUGCGAGCUCGCGGCCGAACUCAAUCUGCCGGAAGGGACCAUCAAGGUCUGGUUCCAGAACCGCCGAAUGAAAGACAAGCGUCAACGCCAAGCCUUCGCCCUCCCCUUCAUGGACCCCUACCUCGCCUACGCCUACCUGAUGCAGGCAGCAUACAACCCCUACCAAGGCGUCUCGGCGAACGCCCAGCAGCCUCCCCCUUCCCCCUUCGUCCCCUUGCCCCCGACCGCCGCCGCCGCCGCCUUCUGGCCCGGCGCUUACCACCCCUACCUCCCCAUCCGCGGUCAGACCCCCGGUCAAUCCCCCGGUCACACCCCCCUCCCCCGCUCCGUCCCCCCUCCCGCCUCCCUCCCCAGCCCCAUCAGCCCCAAGAGCAAAUCGGACGCCUCGCCCCCCCUCUCCUCGCCAAAGACCCCCUCGCUCUUCCGCCCCUUCAAGGCCUCCGACGAAACGUGA